AUGCAGAGCAUAUUUUAUGGCAUGACUUUGGAUCAUUUGUGAAAUACAGGCUUGCGGUAUGAGCCACUAAUCAAUUUUCCGAAUGCUGAGCUUCUGAUCGCUUAAAUCUGGAUAUUUACGUAACUUAUUUAAAAUGACUCAUCACCUUUCUUUGAAUAAAUUGAUUCAUUGUUUUUAAGGCUAAGGGAGCUUCAGAAUACUACGAAGGUUAAGAAAAGACAGCCGUUAAGGUGUGGAAAGGUCUCUGGACGUCUUCCUGUGCCGGAUCACAUUCUCAAACCUCCAUAUGUGAAUUCAAGUGUGUUGCCAGAACUUUCUUGCGAGCCUCAGUUUCAUGAUGAAGAGGGCAUUGCUCGCAUGAGGGCUGCAUGUGAGCUUGCUGCACGUGUCCUUGAUUAUGCAGGAACUUUGGUUCGGGUGAGAAUUAGUUUUAUGAGAGAAAUUCAACUUGAGUUAUUUCUUAUGAUUCCAUCUUUGCAACAGCAAUUAAUGAUUGAUUCUAUGGUUAAAUGGUUGAAUUAGUGAUACAUUAUUGAAUGGUUUUAGCCUCCCCCGAUUUCAUAAACCAGUAACAUUAGAAUCUGGAAAAAAAAGUGUACUUUGUUAGAAUGUAGCAGCAGAACAAUCAUUUUUCUUUCCAGUUCAGAUUUAAAAUUUCUUCUCUUCAAAUUUGUGAAAGUUUAACAUUCAUCGUUAUCAUCUUGAAAAAAAGUGACAUUCGUUUAUUUUAGCUCGAAACUUGGUAUUAUAAUAUGUAUGAGACUCUUUUGUUUAUAUUUUUAA